UCACCCCCAUGUCACACAUUUAUAUAUACAGUGACUUUUACAAAAGUUCUUCUUUAAUAGCAGAUUUUACUAGGGGAAAAAAGUCUAUCCAGUUGUUUCCCCAUCAUUUCAAAUGAUGGUCAUUUCUCAAAACUUUGCAGAGUUUGCCAAAUUUACAAGCAAUUUUCAAGGGAUUCCUAAUGGAUGCCAUAGCAUCAGCUUGGAAAACACUGGUGGUUACAGCUUGUCAGGAAACUGCAACAACACAUGCUCUUGGGCAAUACCAUCUAUGGACAAUAACAGUAAAGACAUUCUCUCUCUCAAAAUACCUUUUCUGAACCUGUUUGCGGGAGAUGAAAUUAGCUUGUUCAAACUAGAUGAGCAAGUAACCCCGUUAGCAACAAUUACAGCAAAAACCCAGUUUGUGCCAAGUUUUAAUCUUCCAGCUAAGACGGGGGCUUACCUCUCUGUGGCUCGAGGUAACUGCUUGAGAAAUGACACUGCUCUAAUUGCUAGAUUUGAAAUUAUUCCUGUUUGUGAGAAAGAAAUUACUCAAGCACCAAGAAAAAACACUGUGGUAUCAUCUCCAAAUUUCCCAGACAGUUAUCCUCUAGGAGUAGAUUGUAACUGGAACAUAUCCACAAUGGGCAGUAAAUCUAACCUUCACCUCAUUACAUUCAACCACUUGAAUGUCAGCCAGAACCAUACAUUAACAAUCUCAAGAGUUUUGAAAGGAUCACAAACCACUGUGAAUAUUACCCUUGGAGAAAAAAAUUCUUCUCUUCCUAGUGAUUUACUUGUAUUAACACCAAACCAUGUGAAAUUUUAUGCUCCUUUCAACAACAUUUUCACAGUUGGAAAUGGAUUUCAGCUCAGUGUAACAGCCCUUGAUUGUGGUGAACUGUAUACAAGAGAAUCUGGAAAAAUUGAAACUCCAAGUAAUUCCAGUUUUUGUGUCUGGAUAAUCAAAGUCCCACCUACUAGUAGUGAUUCAGUAAACAUUGUGAUAUUUACUCUAACACCAAAUGAGUUUGGUGAAAACAGCAGUAUAGAAAUACAUGAUGGGGGUUCAAUAAGAGAUCGACCAUUUACAAACCUCUCUGGGUCAGAUAUCUGGAGCAGAACCAAUGAGCUUUUAAUAGUCUAUCAUCCAACUUCUGACAAUACAGAGAAAAUCACUGUCAACUAUAAAACAUUUUCCUGUGAGCCAAAUAUGCAGUGUGACAACAAGAUUUGCAUGCACCCAGAAUGGGUAUGUGAUGGAUUUAAUGAUUGUGGGGAUUAUUCUGAUGAAAAAAAUUGUAAUGAAACACGCCCUACGCCUAGACCCACUGAACACCCUGAAAUACAAACAAAUGGAGGUUAUCUUGUUGCCAUUGGACUUGGGGUACCUGCGGCUUUCAUCCUUGGUGUGUGUCUUACCUUUCUUGCAUUUAAGCUGAAAAAUCGCUCCACUGAAGUUAACUAUGCUCCUUUUCCGAUUAUAGAAGAAUAAUAGGAAGGUUAUACUGUGCUUAGUAUUAAUAAGUAGAAUUGGUAUUUUUAAACUUUAAUUUUAACACAUUCAGAGAUUAACACAUGACAUGUGCCAUUUAUUUUUUGUUUUGAUUAGGAGAAUUUUAAUAAUGUAAAAUAAUAUAAUAAAAUAUUUAUGAGCAUAUACGCUUAAUCGACUGAAAUCUAUACUGUGAUGCACAAGUGUCAUCGCUGCAGUUAAAAUUAUUGUAUGAGUGCUGCAUGACGCACACGUGCAUCAUCUAUCUUUUAUAUUUUGUCCUUGGUUUUGGAUAUGUUUUAAAUGUACAAGAAGGGUAAACUGUAGUCAUGGGAAUAUCAUAUCAAAGUUUCUGUGGGAAUUUGAAUUCUUCUUCAUUAUCAUGGGCUUUGAAGGAGCACUAUUUUUAUCCAUUUUAUAAAAGCCAACCAGAAAAUAUAUAUAUAUAUAAAAAAAUACAACCAAGCAGAAUUUCUACAAGAGAAAACCCUCGUGCAAGUGCCAUCACAGCAGAACUUACUACCAACACAUGCUGACUCUAAUAAAAUGAAUUUGUCUCAAUGUUUUCAUUGACACAUAUAUGCGUCACAGCAUUGGCUAACAUACCUAUGAAUGCACAUGUGUCCAGUGGCAGUGAAUGUGUUAAACCUGAUGAAACUUUAUUUUUUCAAUUUCAUGAUUGUGGCAAUCUUUUUAAAAUACUUUUUAUGUAUUAAGACAAAAAAGAUAAUUCAAUAAUUUGUGCUAGUUUUGGUUCAUUAAGCUUUUUGGAAUGGUUAUAUUUCAAAAUUUAAUUUUUACCCUUUUUCAAAAUGUUUAUUUUGCAGUACAAUAUUCAUUAAUCUUUUAUCAGUCUGUUUAUUUAUACUUCAUGCUUACAUAGAUUAAAAUUUAAAAUACUACUCAGAGCAACUAACAUUUACACUAUCCUGUGUAUGUAUGUAUAAGAUAUGACAUAUUGCUUUCAGAAUUUGUAAAUUUUCUCUGACUAUAAUUUGUAAGGUUUGAGUUUAUCACUGUAUAAAAAGUAAAGAUGUAGCAGAAAAAUAUUUUUUGUAAUUACUUUUUGUUAAUGUGUUUAGCCAUGUGGUACCAUUUGUAGUAUUGUUGUAGUUUGUAUAUUUUGUAGACCUUAAUGCACGUUUAGGCCUUAAUGCCUUUCACUGUAUGAUGCAUUUAUAAUUUCAUUAUUGACUAGUGAUAAAAGUAUGUAGGCAUGUGCUGUUAUCUUGUUUUUAUCAUACUCUUUAGAAGGAACUAUGUGAUUGAGAGAAGUUGACAAAAAUGAAUUAGAAUAUUCUUUUGGGAAGAAAAAAAACUUUUAAUGUGACCUGUAACUGUUUGGUUUAAACUUAUUUAUUGUACCUAUGAUUAUUUUAAAGCAUGUGUUCUUAUGUAGUUUUCUAUCAAAAAAUAAAGGAAAUAAAAUUAA